GGGAGCCCCUAGAGCCGUCAAGGACCCCACACUGGGAGGGUGCAGAGUGCUCGCCCCGCCCCUUGUCCGCUGGGGGUUGACUGGAGCCAGGAUGGCAGCUCGGCGUGUGCUGAAAGCUGUCUUGGUGGAUCUCAGUGGCACACUUCACAUUGAAGACUCAGCUGUGCCGGGUGCACAGGAAGCUCUUAAAAGACUGCGCAGUGCUCCAGUGACGAUCCGCUUUGUCACCAACACGACGAAGGAGUGCAAGCAAGACCUGCUGGGGAGGCUGCAGAAACUGGGGUUUGACAUUGCCGAGGAUGAGAUCUUCACGUCUCUGACUGCAGCCAGGAGUCUCCUGGAGCAGAAGCAGGUCAGGCCCCUCCUGCUGGUGGACGAUAAUGCGCUGCAUGAUUUCAGAGGCAUAGAUACCAACGACCCCAAUGCAGUGGUGGUUGGACUGGCACCUGAGCACUUUAACUACCAGAUGAUGAACCAGGCGUUCCGGUUGAUACUGGAUGGUGCUCCACUUAUAGCUAUCCACAAAGCCCGAUACUAUAAGAGGAAAGAUGGCUUGGCUCUGGGACCUGGACCAUUUGUAACUGGUCUGGAAUAUGCUACAGACUCCAAAGCUACAGUGGUAGGGAAACCAGAGAGAACAUUCUUCCUAGAAGCCUUACGGGGGACUGGCUGCACACCGGAAGAAACUGUUAUGAUUGGCGAUGACUGCAGGGAUGAUGUUGGUGGGGCCCAGAAUGCUGGCAUGCUGGGUAUUCUAGUAAAGACUGGUAAAUAUCGACCAGCAGAUGAAAGCAAAAUCAGUCCCCCUCCUUAUUUAACCUGUGAGAGUUUCCCAAAGGCGGUGGAUCACAUUCUACAGCACCUGCUGUGAGACGGGAGUGUUGUGAUGGAAGAAACCAGGCUCUGUUUUCACACUGUUGCCUUUAUUCCCCACCGCACCCUUCAAAGCAAAGAAAUGUCCAGGCAUCAGUGUGCACACUACACCUGCAACCAAGAGAACAGGCUUCACUCUAGAGCACUGAAAAGAAAUGGAACCAACCUGCAGCUUAAUGGAAAAGCCUUGGUAAAAACACAAAGAUGAAGCACUGAGAAAGGAAAAACAGGUCUCAGGUCAGCUCAGGGAAAGAAAACCAAGUGGCAGAUGAAACAAAUUGCUUUUGUGCAUUAUGUGGGGAAAGGAAAGUGACAAAGCUUUUUCUCUUUGACUCCUAGGAAAUCACUGAUUUAAAGGCUCAUCUGAAAUGUGCUAAGUGAGCUAAGGCGGAGAACCCACCAAACUAACCUAAACAGAGCAAAACAGGCAUUUCCAGCCUGAAACAGCAUCAGCAAGGUUUGUGUUACUUGCCAUGUGUCUCCUCUCUACUCUGAUCCAAUUUAAAUGUAGAGAUGAGGCACAUUUAGGAGUGACUUUUAAUUUAAAAUAUUGCCAUUAUUAACUACUCACUGAUGAUUUCUGUCCCUUCAUUAGAGCAGGUAACACUGGCUUUUGUUUUUCAAAUUUUAUGUAAAAUUAAAACUAUCAGUAUUUUACAGAUGUUUUAAUUAGAUGCCGUUAUUAACAGGAAUGGUACAGAAACAAAAAUCUGGUCCUUAAUGGCUUAUAGACCAUGAAUUUUUGAAGUUAGACUGCAACAGGGUCCUAUUAGCACUACCGUUGCAAAAUUUCACUGUUGUUUUUUUUCUUUAUGAUGCUCUGGGAAAAAUCCUUCAUGAGCCGUGGGGACAGAUUCCCACUUUUAUGCAUUUGGUUAGUACAGCUGGAAAAUGACAUUUCAUUCCGUAGCCUGCAUUGCUUUUCCUGCACGUGCUAAAUCCAAAAUGAACUAACUUUCUAAUGAUGGUAAAUGGCUUUCCUUGUGCAUUUGCAAACUGUAAUAAUCGAAGUCCCUUGCAGUUGUUUUACAGUGCUCCUGAGUGUUAAAUUAUUACGCUGUAACUGUACAUCAUUGUAGUAUUCACCUUAUUGAAAAUACAGCUUUGUGUUAAUGAGCCAUGCCAAUUUUUGUUAAGAAAAGCCAUUAUGAUGAAUGUGGAGCAGGCUUCACAUAUGUGAAGGGUCUUGCUGUUGCUUUGUUGGGUGGCCACGUGUAAUGUGGAGCUGAUCUCUGCAGAUGCCAAAUGACGUAGCAUGAACAUGUGGGUGCAGCGUGGAAGCCGUGCAAGAGGAACACAAGCAGCAAGGGCAGUUCUUUGGUGCAGGGAUGGUCCUUUUGCUGGGUGUGUGUACCAGACACCGGACACUGGCAUCCUGGUGUUGUGUGGCUGUAGUAAGAAGGGAAGGAAAGGGUGCUGAAUGGCUGAUGGUUGUGUGUGAGGUGUAGGUUGAUUUUGCUCAGGUACCCAGACCAGACCCUUGGCUCCUGUGUGGGUAGCCUAAAGAAUGGGAGCUUUCUGAGCUGGGAAGGCAGUAAGCAUGGAAACACUCCUUCUGCCAGGACUGUUCCAAGUUGGAUCUUCUCUGCUUUACCACUGUGAGUGAGCUAGCUAGGUAGUGUGAGGGUUACCACUAAAGUGCUCAAAUGUACAACUCCAUCCAGAUACAGAGUUUCUUAAAAAAAAAAUCUCCAUUUUCUUUAACAUUCCUCUACAAGGAGCUACCUUGUCUCCUCCUCCUCAAGAUUAGAGUCUCCCAUAGUCUCGUGCAAGUUGCACUACAGAGAACAUGGCUCAGCCCUGUAGCACUGCUUGACAUUUGCAAGGUUUUGAACACUGAACUUUCAAAAAAAUAAGUAGCCACCGGCCAUCCCAAUCCACUGUCCCCUCCAUCCCCUUUAAUUCCACAAAUAUGCCCAAUCCCAGCCUUUACUUUUGCUCUCCUAGUAACAGCUCCUCUUUUGUUUGUGCAUCACCCAUCUUUGUGAAUACCUUU